AUUUAUACGCAAACUCUAUUCAAUAUGAGUGGUAGAAGAAGAGCCGAUUCACUGAAGGGUUUGUCGCUUCCAAAAUAUAACCGACCUCAAACUGAAGAAGAGAUGGCUUCGAUGCAUAACUAUAGGGACAGUGGCAUCCUUCUUCUCUCUUUGACUCAAUCUCGACAAGCUUGGACAAGUUCUAUUUUAAAAAAGUUCUCUAGCAAACAAGAAGUUAUUUAUCAACCUAAAUUACCAGAAUAUACAAAUCCAAAUGCGAUUGUUUCAUUACUGGGAAAAUGUCAUAUUACCAUAGGACCACACACUUUUUACGAUACUAAAAUUUAUGAGGCCGUAUACGAAAAAGAAAUGCCAAACCCAGAUGUUCAGGCUGGAACUUUUCAAAUCCAACCAACACAACUAGGAUCGCUCCAAUCUCCUACACAACAGCAAACGCAAUCAAACGCACAAAGCUUAACACAAUCACCACAAUCGGGUAUACAGACGUUACAACAACCAUUGCUUGCAACUCAUACACAACAACCGUCUCAGGCGAAAACGCCGCCAACUUCAUCGACACAAUCAUUUCCUAGACCAAUACAUCCUGCUAUACAACCAAGACCGCCGACACAACCACAAACUCUUUCACAAACACAAGUACCGAUUCAACCACGAGUUACUUUACCAAGGAUAUCUGCGCGCCCU